AUGGCAUCAAACGGCGUAAGUCACGACCCAAACCCCCUCACCGCAAAGCCCGACGACAUCAAUCUCACCCUCGCCUCGCAGAAAACCUACAACCGCGUCUUCAACCACGUCGGCGUGUCCGUGUCCGACGCCGAAGCGACGGUGGCGUGGUACACCAAGGUGCUGGGCUUCAAGCUGCUGGGGACCGUGUGCACCAUCACGCGGGCGGAGCACCCGGAGGACGCCAUCUUCGGCAUCUACCCGGAGAGCCUGCAGGAGGUGAAGCUGGCCAAGAUGGCGACGGGCAACGGCGUCGGCUUCGAGAUCUUCGAGUUCGUCAACCCCAAGUUCCAGCAGGCCAAGGAGUUCGAGUACAACCGCGGCGGCUUCUUCCACAUCUGCGUCACCGACCCCGAUCCGGACGCCGUCGCGCGCACCUUCAUCGCCGAGGGCGGCAAGCAGAUCGGCAAGACGGUCGAUCCGUCCGGCAACGGCGACAUCAAGACUCUGUACCUGGCCGAUCCGUGGGGCAAUGUCGUCGAGGUUGUGGAUGUUAAUUUCGAGUAUAUGGGACUGAAGUCGGCGUUGAUUUAG